GAAAUUCUUCAUAUGCUGUUUAACUUAAAGAUAAAACAAAUGGCAGAUGAAUCUGAGAAUAGACCAGACACGAUCACAGAAGAGGAGGAAGGAGGCGAUAAUGAAGCAGCAGCUGCAGUAUCAGAACCAGUAAUUGACGCCACAGAGGAGGAGACCAAGACAGGGGAUGAACAAGAAGCAGUAAAAGAGGCGGAGCCUCCAGUCGAAGCAGCUGAGACACCCGGCGAGGGCAAGGAAGAGCCGAAAGAGGAGUCAGCCGAAGGAGAGAAAGAGAGUGAAGGAGGUGAGGCGGAGAAAGGGGACGACGGAGAAUCGGCGGAAGUAGUCGAGGGGGAGGGGGAGACGACUGGGGCCACGACUGAGUCGAAGGGCUUCGUGGAGACUAUGGCCAGUGAGGACAUGAGCAAACCUAAUGAAGAAGACGAGGGACAAACUGAAGGUGAAGAGGAGCCACCUGCUGAUGAAGCGGACAAUGCAAGUGUUGAAGUGAAAGAAGCAGCGGCAGAAGAGGCUGAGAAAGUAUCGCAUCCUGAAGGAACUGCUUCUCCUAAGCAAACGGGCAUGGACGCCAUCUCGGAGGAUCAAGACGCUAGCAAUGCGAACGUGCUUCAGCAGGAGACGUCGGAGAUACUGUCUGAGGUGCCGGAGGGUCCACCAGAACGCAUAGACACCAGGUCACCCACGGAUAUGGGCGCUAAAGCAGACGAAGAUGUUGCUGGCUCUGCGUUGAGGGACGUCGGAGAGGAGGACGGUGAGAUGGACGAGGAGUUCUCGCUGACGGAAAAAGUACCCGACAGGGAAUCCCUCAUCGAAUUCUACCAGCAAGCUAUGAAAGACAGAGAAGGACUAGUGCAGGAGAACACGACUCUGCAGAACAAACUUUCCGAGUACUUCCGACGCAAGAGGACCGAGGAGGGGGGACCGGCCGGGGGAGGGGCCACUGCCAGGGGAGGUGACCAGGUGGACAGGAGUGUGAGUGACCUAGAGCAGAGAUACCUCAGCUUCAUGACGAAUCUUGAGGAGCUGCAGAGUAAACAGCGUGAGAGUAAGGAGAACUAUGAGACAGAGAUAGCGACUAUUAAGCACACGUGUGAGCAGAAGGAGGGGGAGUUGGACAGGAUGGCGGCUGAGUUUGUGGAGAAGAGGCGGCAGAUCGCUCAGAAGGCCAUCAACUCCAGAACUGGCAAGCCACUCCAGAAGGAGGAGAUAGAGAUGUACAUCUCGAAUGAGCAGAAGAAAGACCAGGAGGUGAAAGCCGUGAGGCUGGAGAACAUCAAACUGAAAAACAGACUGCAGAAGAGAGAAAAACAGUUGAAGCAGAAGGAGGAGUUGGCAGAGGGUCUGCACCUGAUCGACUUUGAGCAGCUGAAGAUUGAGAACCAGACGUACAAUGAAAAGAUAGAGGAAAGGAAUGAGGAGUUGAGCAAACUGAGGAAAAAGAUCACCAACACUGUCGAGGUCCUCACACAUCUCAAGGAGAAACUACAGUACAUUCAACAGGAGAAUGGACAACUCAGCCAGCAACUAAAGGAACUGGACGUGCAAGUUGCACAGAAACGUGACUCACUGACCCGAAUAAAGCAAAAUAGAGACAAGCUGAGAAACGAGAAUCAAGAAUUGAACCGACAGUGCGGACUGCUAGGAAACGAGACGCUGCUUCGGGACUACGAAGAAAAAUAUUCGGAGAGUUCCGAUUUGAAGCAGAGACUAGCCGAAUUGCGAAGCCGGCACAGUGAACUUUCGAUGAAGUGCACAGGAUACAAAAAGAAGGUUGAGAAUGCAAGGGCAGGAAUCAUGAUCAAUUAGACGAUAGUGACUUUUGAAGAAACUAAUCGCGCGUUUGACUAGCCAGAAAGCAAUGCACAAUAUGUAAUUAAAGUGUCGAUAGUGUGAAUUUGUAUAUAAAAAGUGCAUAAUCAAAGCAAUGUAAUAUAUUAUUUUGUUAAA